GGUGGAAGAUUGCCUCGAGAACUCUGUUCUGCUUUUAAAACACUGAUUGUUUUCUUCUGUAAGAAUAAAUCUGCUAUAUUACAUUUAAGCAAUGUUAUUUUCAAGUAGCAAAGUUGCAGGUGAACUGUCUCAAGCAAUACAUUCCUGGGCAAUUAUCGUCUGCACUGUUAGACUCCAUGAACAUAAACACAUUGAACUAUCCCAGGCCAAUUAGCCCAGAGCUACAAUCAGAUCACAAGAAACGCAAGUGUCUUUGGAAGAGUUUGGAGAACGUGGAAUUAUUUUUCUAAGAUCCACCUACUGCUCCUUCUUCUGUAAGGGUAGCCUUGACAACUAUUCUUCCCCCCCAGGACCGGCCCUUCCACUUUUCUUCCUCUGAGCCCCAGAUCCACAGUUUUCUCCCUUCACCAGCUGAAGAUUCCCUCUUUUCACCACCCCCAGGUAUCAGACCCGGCCGUAGGGCCUCUAAGGGCCAAGGACUCUUGCCGGGCCGCUGCUGUCCGCUGGUUCCGCAAACGCACAAACACUUCUGCACACCUUUCCCAACUCUAAGAUAAACCCCUGGGAAUAGCCUGUCAGGUACAACCCCUACAACCUUACAUCCGUCGCGCGAUGAUGACGUAAACAAGCGCAGACCUGAGGGAUGGGCCAGGUUCAGAAACGGAAGUUUUGAUUGGCUACCGUCGGUCGCGGCGUCUCCUGGGAUCCGGAAGAAGUUGACUUUCCUCACGGAAGUCGUCGUCUUUGAGUCAGAGGCGUGAGCCACGCCCAAGCUGUGGGAAUAAAAUGGCGGGGAAGAAGAACGUUCUGUCGUCUCUGGCGGUUUACGCGGAGGAUUCAGAACCCGAGUCUGAUGGCGAAGCUGGAAUCGAAGCUGUGGGCGGCGCGGCUGAAGAGAAAGGUGGAUUGGUGUCUGAUGCCUAUGGAGAUGAUGACUUUUCUCGCCCAGGGGGUGAUGAAGAUGGUUAUGAAGAAGAGGAAGAUGAGAACAGCAAACAGUCGGAAGAUGACGAUUCAGAGACUGAAAAACCUGAGGCUGAUGACCCAAAGGAUAACACAGAAGUAGAGAAGCGAGAUCCCCAAGAACUAGUUGCCUCCUUUUCUGAAAGGGUCCGGAACAUGUCGCCUGAUGAAAUCAAGAUCCCACCAGAACCCCCUGGCAGGUGUUCUAAUCAUUUACAAGACAAGAUCCAGAAGCUUUAUGAGCGAAAGAUAAAGGAGGGAAUGGAUAUGAAUUACAUCAUCCAAAGGAAGAAAGAAUUUCGGAACCCUAGCAUCUAUGAGAAACUGAUCCAGUUCUGUGCCAUUGAUGAGCUGGGCACCAACUACCCAAAGGAUAUGUUUGACCCCCAUGGCUGGUCUGAGGAUUCCUACUAUGAGGCAUUAGCCAAGGCCCAGAAGAUUGAAAUGGACAAAUUGGAAAAGGCCAAAAAGGAGCGAACCAAAAUUGAGUUUGUGACGGGCACCAAGAAAGGCACCACCACCAAUGCCACAGCUACCACCACAACCACUGCCAGCACAGCCGUCGCAGAUGCCCAAAAGAGAAAGAGCAAGUGGGACUCCGCCAUCCCAGUGACGACAAUAGCGCAGCCCACCAUUCUCACCACCACUGCCACCCUGCCAGCGGUAGUCACUGUCACCACCAGCGCCAGCGGCUCCAAGACCACAGUAAUCUCUGCUGUGGGCACCAUYGUGAAGAAGGCCAAGCAGUGACAGAGCCAUGCCAGGGCUUGACUGUGCAGCCUAGUGGCUGCUUUAUUUUUCAGGACUUGGACCUGCUCCCAAGGUGCCAUCUGAGAGGAGCCUCUGUGUGGCAUUCCAACCAGAAGGACAUUGUAGCAGAGGCAAAGGAUACAGCAGAUAGGGUCUGUCUGUCCACACACCACUUUGGGGUCUCACCCAAUUAAAAGUGUCGUGUUCUU